AAUAAAAAAUAAGGAGAACGUGGGUUAGAGUUGCGUGGACCUUGGAGCUCUUUGGUCAUCCACGAGGGAGUUUGGUUGAUUGUCGAAAAUGUACGAGGGAUGUGUUAUCAACAUCCAACCCUACUGCAUCUUUCCAGGUGGUGGCACCAGGAACGUUUCCGAUCUCCUUUGGAAUCGCUGGGGCAGGGACUGCGCCUGCGCAGCCAGACGUGGCAGCGGUAUCAUGGCUUCUUGGACCCGCCACGAGAGACGGAUGAGAGAUCUCGAGAUGUACAUUCUCGUUUUGCUGCUCUGGGUGGUGUCAACGCUGCAGGCGGCGAAGGUGUCUCCGCUCAUCGAGAGAGUCAGCGACCACAAGGACUUUAAAAAGCUGCUCAGGACACGCACCAAUGUUCUGGUCCUCUACACAAAGUCUGGCACAUCUGGAGAUGUCCAGCUCAAGCUUUUGUCAGAUGUUGCUCAGACCGUCAAAGGACAAGGAACCAUUGCCUGGGUGAAUUGUGGUGACACAGAGGGUCGAAAGCUUUGUAAGAAAGUGAAGGUUGACCCUAGCUCCAAAAAGGGUGGAGCGGUGAUGCUGCAUUAUAAGGAUGGGACAUUCCACACAGAAUACGGCCGUCCAGAAACAUCAAAGUCCAUGGUGGCAUUCUUGAAAGACCCCACGGGUGCACCACUGUGGGAGGAAAACCCAGAGGCCAAAGAUAUCGUCCACGUAGAGACGGAGAAAGACUUCAGGAAGCUGCUGAAGAAGGAAGACAGGCCAAUCCUCAUGAUGUUCUUUGCCCCAUGGUGCGGCGUGUGUAAGAGGAUGCAGCCCGUCUUUCAGCAAGCCGCCACCGAGACUAAGGGCAAAUACGUACUCGCCGGGAUGAACGUGCACCCAGCCGAGUUCGAUGGACUCAAACAGGAAUACACCGUCAAGGGCUACCCGACCUUCUGCUACUUUGAGAAGGGGAAGUUCCAGCAUCAUUAUGAGAACUAUGGAGCCACGGCCAAGGACAUCGCUGACUGGUUAAAGAAUCCGCAGCCCCCCCAGCCCAAAAGCCCAGAGGUGCCCUGGUCAGAGACGGACUCGGCCGUUUUUCACCUAACCGACGAGACCUUCGACAGCUUCCUGGAGGAGCACUCCUCUGCGCUAGUCAUGUUCUACGCCCCAUGGUGUGGCCACUGCAAGAAGAUGAAGCCAGAGUAUGACGAAGCCGCUGAAAUCCUCAACAAAGACCGAGACAGCCCUGGUGUGCUGGCCGCCAUGGACACCACCAUCCACAAGUUGGUGGGCGAGCGCUUCAAGAUCUCCGGCUUCCCCACAGUGAAGUACUUUGAGAAGGGCGAGGACAAGUACACACUGCCACAGCUGCGCUCCAAGGACAAGAUCAUCGAGUGGUUACAGAACCCCCAGGCUCCCCCACCCCCGGAGCAGUCGUGGGAGGACCAACCCUCCAGCAUCAGCCACCUGGGAGCGGAGGACUUCCGGGAGGCCCUGAAGAAGAAGAAGCACGCCUUGGUCAUGUUCUAUGCCCCUUGGUGCCCGCACUGCAAGAACGCUGUCCCCCACUUCUCCACAGCCGCCGAUCUCUUCAAAGAGGACCGCAAGAUCGCCUAUGCUGCGGUGGACUGCACUAAAGGUCAAAACCAUGAGUUGUGCAAGCAGGAAAGUGUGGAGGGUUACCCAACUUUCAACUAUUACAACUAUGGCAAAUUUCACGAGAAAUAUAACGGUGACCGAGGGGAGGCUGGCUUCAUCGGCUUCAUGCGCAGCUUGAGGGGGCGGGACCAAGAGAAGGUUGGCAAGCGGAAGGAGGAGCUUUAAGAGUGUCUGUGGCCCAAUCGGGAGGGGGGUGGGGGGGCGAGCCUGCCAUUGCACUGUGACCUGGGCAGGGGCCCCCUCAAGCACUGACAUCACAGACUCGAAAAAUCUCAGCUUAAAAAAAAAGGCUAUUUUUGUAUACAACGGUGCCCUUACCUUUGUAAUACCAGUGUAAAACCAUCACACCACUUUGGACAUCUGUUUUGUGUUUCUUUUUUCUUGAUGUAUCGGGCAUUUUAAAAGUAUUCCCGAAUGCUGUGACUGCAAAUAUCAAACUUACGUCUUUUUUAUCUAUGCAAUAGCCAUCUCCAGGCCCUGAAGGCUUUAAGCUGUGGGUGGCCAUCUUUGGUGAGGGGGCGGCCAUGUUGCUUCUACUCGCCACCUCCACAGUGAACUCAUUCAUCAGGGCUCCUCAUCACUGUCCCCCCCCCCCGCCUUCCUCCGAAGAACAAUUCAAAUAUACAAGUCCGCUAUCAAAUAUUUUUAUACUGAAGUAUCAUGUUAGGUGUUGAUUGAAAAAAUAAAACAGGAAAAAGUAGAGAUGAAAAUAACUUGUAGCUCAAAUCUGUGGCCUUAAUGAAUGUUUAAGCUUAAAAAAAAUAUCUGCAGUGAUCAUGGAAUGAAAUCAGUUUCCAUCAUUUCAGAGCUCAGACCCAUUAACUUGAAGUGUUUUUUUUUAUGCUGGAGGCACCAUAUUCCUCAUUGUGUGUUAGCCGCGGAAAAACAAAUUAGAUCAUAAUGUAACUUAAAUGCCAAAAAAGAGAGAAGUUAUAACUUAGUGUUUUUGUCUCCAGCUGUUGGAUGCUAUAAACUCCCAUAUCAAAUGCAAAAGCUGCACCCUACUCCCUUGCAGCUGGAUGUCUGUGUACUCUGUGUACCCAUUGAGAUCCGCUGGAGCUCAGUUGGUUUGGACCACUGUAGGGCGGACCACGGAUCAAGGGAUCCUCUCGUCUUCUAGGACCAGUUUCCCCUUAUUGUGCUUUCUGCUGUCCCUCUCCCUGUCUUUGCCUGGUGUGAGAGGUGUUGGGCUUCUGAGCUAUCUGUGCAGCCCAGUAGGUCUGUGUGGCCGUGAGUUGAGAGAUGUGUUCCGGCCGUAUCAUGGCGGUGACUUAAAAACUGCAGCAUGCUGGAAGUGUUCCUGGUGCAAGACAUUCUACAUAUUUAAAGACCAUAUCUGUAGCUGAACUUUUGUUUUGUAUUAUUCAGGAGUUUGGUUUCAUUCUAAAUAAGAUUCUCAGGGAUCACCAAACACAAUUAAAAAGGGAGCAGGCGUGUGGUGUAAUUUGCAUUCCAGCUGGGUGUUGCAGAGCCCUAGUCGCCGAAAUUAAAUAGUUGUUUACAUUUGUCUUGGGGAGAGAACAAAAUGUGUAGAUAUGGGGAUGUGGUUUACAUUUCUGAGUCCCGGGAGUGCAGAAAGUAUUAAAUAAAACAGUAAGAGCCGAGGAAAGCAGAAAAGCAGAUGUCUAUAUUGUUCUGGGUCUAUGAUUUCAAAAAAAUAAAUAAAAAGAAGGGAAAAAGCUGGCUUUCAAUGUCGAACAAUGUGCUGUCCUCAUACACUGUUAGUAGAUGAGAUUUCUGUGUUGAUUCAGGGUUUGUGUGCUGUCAGUGUUGGGGGGUCUGUUGUCGAUAUGUUGUCCUCACCAAUGGUUUCAGGUUUUUUAAAACUUGUAACAGAUUGAGACCAGCACAUGGAGAGCCUGUAUCCAAUGCAAGUGUGUAAGUGAUAAGCCCAUUGAUAUGGUAUUGAGACACCAGUUUCAAUAUCAUAGCCAGCUAUGCUUCAAAUUUCAGAAGUUUUAUUCCAUGUUUGACGGCCAUGUCAUUGUAGAUCUUUCCUCUGAGGCUGUAGCUUGUGUCUAAGGAGGUUCAUCAUGGGCUCCUAUUUCUCAAGAGCUUCUGAAGUCCGUACUGAGAUUUGCAGUGGCAAGACCAUAGGCGUGAAAGUAAAUGGAAGCCCAUCUGUUUUAUCCCAAAGAUCUCCAUAUCAGGGAGAUGCCACACCAAUGUCAAGAAGUCUGUCGUCUUCGUUGAUAUUUGUUUCCAGCCAUGUGUGCAGAUUUGCCCCUAAAAAAAAAUGACAACCUUGAGUAAAAUAAAGAUACAUACAUUUCCAAAA